AUGAAGGUGGCGGUGUGGAAUUGUCAAGGUGCAGGAGGCCCCUUGACAAUUUCCCAACUGAAGGAGGUACUUCACCUCCACUUUCCUAAUAUCAUGUUUUUGUGUGAAACAAAAAACCAGGAAAGAUAUAUGAAACAAGUUCAAAAAAGAGUUAAUUUUGAGAAUAGAUUUGUUGUGAAUCCUAAAGGAAGAGCUGGGGGGUUAGCUUUGUUUUGGAAGGAGGAUGUGGUACUGCUGGGUGUACAAGGUUCUGACUGGUACAUUGCAGCGAUAGUAGUAGAGAAGGAAACAAAUGAUGACUGGUGGCUGGUAGGAAUUUAUGCAAGUACGGAGGAUAGAGUUAGGAAACAUCAAUGGAAAACAAUAGAGGAAAAAAAGAGGGAAUGGGGUGAGAAAUGGGCUGUUAUGGGUGAUUUUAAUGAUAUUUCCUCUAAUGGAGAGAAAUGGGGAGGGAGAGAAAGAUCCGAAGGUAGCUUUAGGGACUUUAAUAACUUCAUUUCUGGGAAUGAGCUGGUGGAUAUAGGAUUUGUAGGGGUCCCUUGGACAUGGAGUAAUACAUGGGACGGGAAGGGGGAGGUAAAGGAGAGGUUGGACAGAUGUUUAGGGAGUGUUGGAUGGAUGCAGUUACAUGAAAAUGUGACUUGCGAGCAUAUUGAAAAGAGGCAUCUGAUCAUUGCCUCCUUAUGGUGGACACAAACCCGCAACAAAGGAGAGGUAAAAGAAGGUUUUUCUUCGACCAAAGAUGGGCAAAAGACAAAGCAUCUGAAAUGGACAGCCAAAGGUAAUGCAAAGGCAAAAAUCCAGGAGAUAAAGGAGCAACUAAAGGCAACAAGAGAGUGCAAUAAGGGAGUCAUUACAACCUUGAAGCGUCAGUUAAGCAAAGCCUAUAAGGAUGAGAAGCUAUACUGGAGCCAGAAAUCAAGAAGUAGAUGGCUCGAGGAGGGGGACAAAAACACUGCUUACUUUCACCAAAGUGUCAUGGCUAAAAGGAAACGAAACAGGAUCAGCAUCCUCCAGAAAACUGAUGGGGAGUGGUGUAGGAGUGACCAGGAAAUUGAGGAAGAAUUGUGUACACACUAUAAGGAGCUCUUCACCUCUAAUAACCCAACAGAAUUUGAUGAAGUGCUACAAGGCAUACCGUGCACUAUUUCCAAUCUCAUGAAUGCACAGUUGAUUAAACCUGUGGACGAGUUGGAGAUCAAACAAGGCAUUUUCUCUAUGUUUCCUAACAAAGCUCCUGGAGUUGAUGGUAGACAAAUUCUUGACAUUGUUAUCAUUGCUCAUGAACUUUUACAUUUUCUGAAAAGCAAGAGAUUUGGCAAAGUAGGCUUCAUGACCAUUAAGCUUGAUAUGUCUAAAGCUCAUGAUAGAGUGGAGUGGAAAUUUCUUGAUGACUCCCUCUUGUGUUGUAAAGCUAGCAAACAAGAGGCUCAGAAGAUCAAGGAGAUAAUUCAGCUUUACGGCAAAACAACUGGAUAG